AAAAAAUUGAAAAAAGGCUAUAAGUCUAGAAAUAAUUUGUUUUAAGAAAAUAUAAUGUCAUUAAACGAUUUGUCAGUAACUCAAACAAAGCUAUUAGAUUGGGCAGAUGAUGAAUAUUCUGAGUCUUCCUUAAUGCCUAAUGUCUUUGAAGGCCCGGAAGAUAUCAGAACAGUUGUUGAAUAUUAUGUUGAGAAUGGAAAAAAGUUUAAAAUAACUAAAAAGAUCAAAAAAAUGGUUGUAAAGGAGAAGGAUAAUCCAGCAAUUGAAGAACGUAAAAACUGGAAGAAAUUUGGUGUUGAAAAGGGUCGUGGACCAGGACCGGAUCCGAGUACUACAAGUAUUGGGGAAAAUAUAGUUCUUAAGUUUCAAUUAGGAUGGUCAAAGAAUGUAUAUAAGGGUUUUGAGGAGGAUCAAUCAGUUAAUAAAACGACGAAAGAUACGUUUAAGGAUAAAAAGGUAGCAUGCCGUCUUUGUAAGGGAGAUCAUUUUACGGCAAGAUGUCCUUAUAAAGAUACUCUUCAGCCUUUUGAUGAAGUGAAUAAUGCAGCGAAUUUAAAUAUUUCGAAUAAAUCAGUGAUGCCUUCUGAGUCUAGUGCAGAAACAACAGGACGAUAUAUUGUUCCUCAUUUAAGAGUUGGAAGAUCUGCAGGCGGAGAUUCUAUGUUUAGACGGGAUAAAGAUGAAUAUUUUACGGUGAGAGUUACAAAUGUAUCAGAAGAUGCACGUGAAGAAGAUAUUCGUGAACUAUUUGAAAGAUUUGGGAGAAUUUCCCGACUUUAUUUGGCUAAAGAUAAAGAAACAGGAAGAGGAAAGGGUUUUGCAUUUAUUAGUUAUUAUGAUAGGAUGGAUGCGGCAAAAGCUAUUGAAAAAAUGGAUAAAUAUGGAUAUGAUAAUUUGAUCAUAAGGUGUGAAUUUUCAAAAUCUAGGGAUUGAGUUUUUUAUACAUAUAGCAUAAUUCGGUUUUUCAG